ACUACAACUUUCAAAAAUUUUUUUUGGACCUUCUCCAAAACUUAAGAUUUUUUUAAAGAUGAAGUUCGUACCAUGAUUUCAUCAUUUUGAUGACUGGAUGAUGAUGCAUAUGUUCAAAACUUCAAAUGUGUGACGUUUCGAUUGACAAGUUGGCGUGAAGACUGAAGUUGCCUAUAGUCAUUCAUAAUCAGUUUGUUGUUGUUUUCCGAGUUUCUCUUUUCUGUGUCAGAUUUUCUGAGCUCGUAUGAUUAUUUUUUAUUCCUGAUUUGCAGUUUCUAAAAUCUUGACGGCGAAGCUUUUGUUUUUAGCAAUAAAUACCAGUGGAACCAGUGGUCUACCGUAUAGCUUAUUCACGUUUCUCACGAUCGACAGUCGAAACGCUGGAUGCUAUGGAUGGCAAUGGAAGAAUCUUCGUUGUUGACGAUCUCCACAACGACAACGGCUUUUGCGAGGAUGAUGUUGAAGAUCCCACGGACCCACAGCCAUAUCUCAAGAGCGCAGAUCACACUCAGACUAACCAUCAUGUAAAGAUCGUUGAGUUGCUUCCCGAGGACAAAUUUCACACUAACCGAAGCAUCAUUGAUCUGGCAAGCUUGGAUCCUGUCGCUUACACUGCAACGGAACAGGGACUGGUUCCGCUGGACGAAACUGUCCCGGUGGCCGAAGAUCUUAUACAGCAGCCCUUGGCCGCGAUUGGGGAUAUUGUAGCGAUCCCGCCGGCUGUUCUGCAGAAAGUCUUGGCGGUGGAAGACGGUGAAAGGGAUCUGCAUCAGCGUGAUGACAUUGUUGCUCCUAUUAUCCACGGCUGCGUUACUCCCAGGCUUUCCGUAAGCGAUGAUGGGUUUAUAAAAUUGAAAAAUUAUAAAGUCUCCUUUGAUGUUAUUGGAGGUGGCACAUUAUCGGAAGUGCGAGCUGCCAUUAACGUUAUCGAUGGGAAAAAAUAUGCUGUGAAGAUAUUCUCUAAAACGAAGCUGAAGAAAGUCAGCAUGUUGAGAAGGAACUCACGGAAUCCGGUGGAAGAUGCAUACAGAGAAGCUGCACUACUUCGCCGUUUAGACCAUGAAAAUGUUAUAAAGCUGUAUGAUUUCAUCGAUGAUCCGGAAGAUCAGAACAUUUAUAUAGUGCUGGAAUUUAUGGAUCGUGUGUUGAUGGAUAUUCCUUCAACUUUUUAUUAUCAAGAGGAGGAAGCACGAAGAUACUUUAUGCACAUUAAAGAAGGCAUCAAACAUCUACAUAGCUGUGGAAUCGUUCAUCGCGAUCUGAAGCCGCAGAAUCUUCUUGUAUCAAGUAGCGACAUCGUGAAAAUUGCAGACUUCAAUUUUUGCGAUGAACUCGUACUGCAGGAUGAUGGUACAGAAGCCGUUUUAUUAACUGCGGCCCAGGGGACGCCGGCGUUUACUGCACCGGAAUGCCUGCUGCCUGAUGAGCGGUACUGUGCUGGUCGUCCGUUGGAUCUGUGGGGACUGGGUGCGACGCUGUAUGUUCUCGUGACGGGAGAACUACCAUUCAGGGCACUUUUGCUGCCGGAAUUAUUUGAAUCGAUUCUCAAUGAUCCAGUCGAGUUCCCGGAGAAGAUCGCUCUGUCGGGGGAAAUAAAGUCAGUCAUUUUGCAUCUGAUGGAAAAGGACCCGAAGAAACGGUUAAUUAUGAGUGACCUUGAGCUGCUUCCUUGGCUUCGAUUUGUUUGAUCGUUGCGGGCGUUUCCUUCUAAAUUAUUUAAUCAGUUACCUGUGCUAUUUUGGGUUGUUUGUGGGAAGUUGGGAGCUUAUGGCUCCUGACUGCCAGCGGCUACGUAAACGCUGUCUCAUCUUCUGUGUCAUCUCGGAAAUUUUCGUUUCUUUUGCAGUUGAUUUCUCGAUUUAUUCAGUUACAGUAUUUGAUCUCCUUGUGGCUUGUGGCAUACCAGUCUUUUAUUUUGGUAUGACCUUGGAAGUUAAGAUUACGACUUUGACCAAAAGAAAGUUCCAAAGAAUGAUUGAAAGUGUGCUGUCGAUCAGUCGAUGUAGCUCGUGGACUGAAUAUUGGAAUACAGAAAAGAAUCUAUGAAAUCU